GAUUCUCAUAGCAGACCUACAGAAAGCAAUAGAAAACCAAACUGGACCGAGGUCGUACAGGAAUCGAAGGUCCCUCUCCCAGUAUAACUAUGAAGUGUAUCACCCCCUGGAAGAAAUCCAGGAUUGGAUGCAUCAUCUGAAUAAAUCUCAUUCAGAUCUUGUGCAGAUGUUCUCUGUUGGAAAAUCCUAUGAAGGGAGACCACUCUUUGUACUCAAGUUAGGUAAAAGAUCACGGCCCUACAAGAAAGCUGUCUGGAUAGACUGUGGGAUUCAUGCAAGAGAGUGGAUUGGCCCUGCCUUUUGCCAGUGGUUCGUGAAAGAAGCUCUUCAGACGUACCAGACUGAUCCUGCCAUGAGAAAGAUGCUUACUCAGCUGUAUUUCUAUAUCAUGCCUGUAUUUAAUGUGGAUGGAUAUCAUUUUAGCUGGACACAUGAUCGAUUUUGGAGAAAAACAAGAUCGAAGAACACAAGGUUUCACUGUCACGGUGUUGAUGCUAAUCGCAACUGGAAAGUGAAAUGGUGUGAUGAAGGUGCUUCAUUUCACCCCUGCGAUGACACCUACUGUGGUCCCUUUCCUGAGUCUGAGCCUGAAGUAAAGGCUGUUGCUCAUUUUCUCCGCAGACAUCGGAAACACAUAAAAGCCUAUUUGUCCUUCCACGCCUAUGCACAGAUGCUGCUGUACCCUUACUCUUACAAAUAUGCAACUAUUCCAAACUUCAGCUGUGUGGAAUCAGCAGCCUACAAUGCUGUUAACGCUCUGCAGUCAGCCUAUGGUGUCAGAUACAGAUACGGUCCUGCAUCUAGCACUUUGUGUAAGUUUUCCUCUGCCACAGGUUUGUGACCUUGACCUAC